AUGGAGGCUCGUCUUCCAUCCGAUAAAUUGAACCGUCUAUUUGUUGAUUUAAAUUCGUGGCACACAAACAAGUCAUCCACACUCGAAGAGCUCCAAUCACUAAUUGGCACAUUAAAUUUUGCAUGCAAAGUAAUUGUCCCGGGUCGAGUUUUUCUGCAACGUAUCAUAAAUCUAACACGGGGUGUCUCCAAACCACAUCAUCACAUUUGCUUGACGAAUGGUUUUCGCGAAGAUGUAAAAAUGUGGCAACUUUUUCUUAAAGACUGGAAUGGGACAAGUUUAUUUCUCAACUCUUUCUGGAAAAAUUCUACAAACCUUUCUCUCUAUACGGAUGCCUCCGUGACCCUUGGUUUUGGGGGAAUUUUUCGCACCCAGUGGUUUCAGGGUAAAUGGUUGCCUCACCAAACACUUACCACAAAAAAUAUCAGCAUUAAUUGGCAAGAGCUCUAUGCUAUUGUGGUAGCUUCCUACAGACUGUAUGGCACCUUUAUGGCCUCAAAAACACUAAGACGGUAAAUCCAGACACCAUCAAAGUCUAUCUCGCAGCAGUAAACCAUAUGCAUUUGGUUAACGGCUACGACCUUUAAAUCGCCAAAUUUCAACGCCUACACUAUAUUUUCCGAGGUAUAAAGCGAGUAAAAGGAGUGUCUACAAGAACACGCUUACCAAUUACAUUUGACCAUUUGAAAUUGUUUCACCGCAUAUUACACUCACGGACAUCACCAACACAUGAUGAAACCAUGAUUUGGGCAGCAAUUUCCAUAGCAUUUUUCGGGUUUUUGCGGAUUGCUGAAAUGACUUGCUCCGGUCCUUAUAAUUCUUCAACAAACUUUGCCGAUCAGAUGUAAAUUUUCAUAACAAAAAAGUGGGGAUAACGAGGUUUUUCUGCAACUACGAAUUAAAGCGUCAAAAACCGAUCCGUUUCGAGCCUCAGCCACAAUAACCAUUGGCAGCAAUUCUGGUAUGUAUUGACUGUCCAGUAAGGGCCCUUCAAACCUACCUUUCACGUGCGCCAACGGACUAUGCGGGACCAUUGUUUUGCUACUCAAAUGGUGUUCCUUUAUCACGUAGUCAAUUUACUAACGAACUACGAACACUUUUGGCCCAAGAUGGUCAUCACCCUGCUCACUAUGCAGGCCACAGUUUUAGAAUCGGAGCCGCUACCACAACUGCGUCGCAAGGUUUGCCUCAUUGGCUUAUUCAAACGCUAGGAAGAUGGUCUUCCGAUUGUUACCUCAGAUAUAUUCGCACGCCAAUCAAUGUCCUUACAGACGUUUCAAAACGAUUGAUUGCAGAAUAA